AUGGACAACAUCCCAUACACGGGUCUGCAGAUGAUAUACGGGCUGGUGCAGUGCACCGGGGACACCAGCCUGGCUGAUUGCAAGCAGUGUUUGGAUAGCACCAUGUCCAAAAUCCCAUGGACUUGUGACAAUUCAAGCGGCUGUGAAAUUGCCACGGGAAGUUGCCGGGUGGUCUACGAUACACAGCUCUUUUACGAUACAUCUCCUCAAUCCAAUUCACCACAUCCACCAAAUUCAAACCCUCCAUCAAAUGGUUAUGGUGGCGAAGAAAUUGAUAGCAAGAUCUCAUUGGUUUUUGACUUGGACAUCAUCAGAGCUGCCACAAACAACUUUUCCGAUUCCAACAAACUUGGGGAGGAGGGUAUGGGUCAACUGUCAGACGGAAAGGAAAUAGCAGUAAAAUGGUUGUCCAGGAACUCGUGGCAAGGCUCAACUGAGUUCGAGAAUGAGGUGAAGUUGGUGGCAAAGCUUCAGCACAGGAACUUGGCUCACCUUCUUGGUUGCUGCUUCGAAGCGGAGGAAAAGAUACUCAUCUACGAAUACGUACCCAAUAGAAGCCUUGACAAGUUAUUAUUUGAUCCAGUUAGAAAAACGCAUUUAGACUGGCAGAUACAGAGCAAAAUAAUAUCUGGCGUAGCCAGAGGACUUCUCUAUCUUCAUGAAGAUUCUCAACUAAAAAUCAUCCACGGGGACCUCAAGGCCAGUAACAUACUUCUAGAUCAGGACAUGACCGCUAAGAUCUCUAACUUUGGCAUGGCAAAGCUUGUUGGAGUGGAAGAAACACAAGGCAAGACGAGUAAAGUUGCUGGCACAUACUGGAGCUUGGAAAACAUCAACAAGGGAAAGAGGAAGAGAAGCAGCAAGAUCGGUGGCUGCAAUAGAAGAAGUGGGAGCAGUGAGAGUGGUUCUCAAUUUUGUUGGGGAGUACCAGAACACGAAAAGACGAGCAGCUUUGAGCCAGCUAAGAUAGUUGGUGUCAUUGAGGAUAAUGGAGGUGAUCUUUACCGCCCCAUGACCUUGAUCAACUGUUCCUUUCAUUCUGUUGGAGCUGUUGUUGGAUUGGUUGCUGAUGGGGCGGAGAGUGCCAAAACAGGACCCAAGCAGAACAAGAGCUCGAAGGGCCUGGUCUUUUCCACGAUCAGGCCGAACCUCGUCAUUGAGGCUUCCAAGGCCACUGACGUCGUCACCUUCUACAAGGUGGCUUUUGGUCCCGAGGAGGUUGAGCGCUCCAACUACUUGAAGUGGAAGGCUGAAUAG